AUGGCAAUAGCUGUGCUAGCAGCUUGUCUCCGUGGGACUGGCCUCCUGUUCUGUUCGAGUGGCAUCGCAGCUGCCUGCCUCACCUUCCAGCGUUUCCUUGACAUGACAUUUGGAGCCGGAGGUCACACUGCAGCUCUCCUAGAGAAAGCCAGCGACAUUACCGUGUAUGCACUAGACAGGGAUCCCACAGCUUAUAAAAUAGCUCAGCGGCUUGCAGAAUCGUACCCGAAACAGAUUCAUGCUCUUCUAGGACAGUUUAGCCAGUCAGAGGCUUUAUUAAUCUCCUCUGGAGUUGAGCCAGGGACUCUAGACGGCGUUCUCUUGGAUGCUGGCUGCUCUUCUAUGCAACUUGAUACACCUGAAAGAGGUUUUUCCCUGCAGAAGGACGGACCUUUGGACAUGAGGAUGGAUAGUGACAGGUACCCUGACAUGCCCACUGCUGCUGAUGUUGUGAACGCUUUAGAUCAACAGGCGCUUGCGUCCAUCCUGAGAACAUACGGCGAGGAGAGGCACGCCAAGAAAAUCGCUUCAGCCAUCGUUCAGGCACGCAGCAUAUACCCCAUCACUAGAACUCAGCAGCUUGCAAGCAUUGUUGCAGGUGCUUUUCCAGCAUCGACACUGUAUGCAAGGAAAGACUUGCUUCAGAGACCUGCUCACAUUGCUACCAAAACUUUCCAAGGCCUGCGAAUAUUUGUAAAUGAUGAGCUCCAUGAACUCUUUAUAGGGCUGAAGACAGCUGAGAAGUUUCUAAAACCUGGAGGACGCCUUGUAGCCCUCUCCUUUCAUUCACUAGAAGAUCGCAUUAUCAAACGUUUUCUUCAUGGAAUAGACAUGACAGAAAAGCACAAUCUUGGCUCAAGGCAGAAGAUAAGACAGGCUCUGAAAAACUGCUCCAGAGAAGAUACACAAGAAUCUCCCCAUGGAAAAUCCAACUCAAAGUGGGUUUUUAUACAAAAAAAAGUUCUCACACCUCAGGCGCAGGAUAUUCAAACAAACCCAAGAGGAAGGUCAGCCAAACUGAGAGCUGCUAUUAAACUCUAA